AUGCUGCUGAGGAGCUGCUGCUGCGUCUGGAUUCUACUGUCGGCCAUCGCUGCUGCUGUGUUUGUAGAGAAGCACGAGGCUGACAAGGUGCUGAAGAGAUGGCGGAGAGCCAACAGCGGCUUCCUGGAGGAGCUGAAACAAGGAAACCUGGAGAGGGAAUGUGUGGAGGAGAUCUGUGACUACGAGGAGGCGAGGGAAGUUUUUGAAGACGACGGAAAGACGAAUGAAUUCUGGGCCAAAUACGUUGACGGCGAUGCCUGCGAGUCGCUGCCCUGCGCUCAUCAAGGACAUUGCAAAGACGGAAUCGGUAGCUACACCUGCUACUGCAAGCCCGGCUACCAGGGCUUCAACUGUGAAAUCGUUAUACCGGAGCUCUGCGAGAAUAAAAAUGGCGGCUGUGAACAUUUCUGUCGCGUGGAGCGAGGAAACAUUCAGUGCUCAUGCGCCGAUGGGUAUUUCCUGGGAUCGGAGGACAAAUCCUGCAACUCAAACGAACCCUUCAAAUGCGGCGCCGUCAUCAGCGGAAACACCCGGACUGUUUUCAGGUACGUGCGGAAGAACGCGACGGACGCGAAUGUCACCGAGUCCAACCCGACAAACCACAGCGCCAACGCCAAAUCCACCGAGUCGCUGGACGUGGCUCCGCUUCCCCAAGACUCAGUUUUCGAAGAAAUCAUCAUCCCCAAUAUGGGGAGUAUGACCCGCAUCGUCAACGGAGAGGACUGUCCUCCAGGAGAAUGUCCUUGGCAGGCUCUCCUCCUGAACGAGAACGACCUCGGGUUCUGCGGAGGAACCAUUCUCAACGAAUACGUCAUCCUGACUGCCGCCCACUGCAUGAACCAAUCACGCUUCAUCUACGUCAAGCUCGGUGAGUUUGACGUGUUGGUGGAUCACGGUAACGAAGCGACCUACCAGGUGGAAACCAUCAUGACCCACAACAAGUACCGGCCGGACACCUACCACAACGACAUCGCCCUCAUCAAACUGGCCACGCCCAUCAAGUUCUCCAGGUUCAUCCUGCCGGCCUGCAUACCUGAGUCGGACUUUGCUGAAAAGGUGUUGAUGCAGCAGGUCGACGGCACCGUCAGCGGUUUCGGCCGACUCGGCGAAGGCCGUCAGCCGUCCACCAUCCUGCAGCGCCUCACGAUGCCCUAUGUGGACCGGCAGACCUGCAUCGAGUCCACCCAGCUGCGCAUCUCCACCCGUAUGUUCUGCGCUGGCUACGACACGAUAGCCAAGGACGCGUGCCAGGGCGACAGCGGCGGGCCGCAUGUCACGCGCUACUCCGACACCUACUUCAUCACCGGCAUCGUGAGCUGGGGCGAAGGCUGCGCCCGCAAAGGCAAAUACGGCGUCUACACGCAGGUGUCCAAAUACAUCCGCUGGAUCCGAGAGGGCAUCGACAAGCUGGUGCCUGAAGGGAAGAGCAGUGGCGGCGGCGGUGGAAGGGUGAGAAGGCACCAUGGUGCCAUCAAGAGGCUGGUUCUUGUCAUGGUGGUCGGCAUCAUGUCGGCGUCUCUCCCGUCUCUCUUCUACCUCUUCGCUUGCUUCCUUCAGGUUCUCAUCAGAGCACAAGUGUUCCAGGCCCCUCAGGACCAGCAGGUGUUCUUGAGGUCCAGGAGGGCCAACAUGUACCUGGUGGAGGAGAUCCUUCAGGGGAACCUGGAGCGAGAGUGUCACGAGGAGCGCUGCAGCUACGAGGAGGCGCGCGAGUACUUCGAGAACACGCCGAAGACGAUCGCCUUCUGGACCGUUUACACAGAUGGGGAUCAGUGUGACCCCCCCCCCUGCCUGCACGGGGGGACCUGCACUGAUGAAGUGGGGGGGUUCCACUGCUCCUGCAGCCCCCCCCACUACGGACCGGUCUGUGAACUGGGAGCCGAAGGACGGCUGCCCACCGCGCCACAAGUCACCGUGGCAGAGCUCUCCGAGUGUCCGACUGACGGGCCGACGGCAUGUCACCAGCUGUGCUCGCCGUCCUUCACCUCCUUCCGCUGCUCCUGUGUGCCGGGAUUCAAACUACAGACCGACGGGCGGAGCUGCCUCCCCGAAGUGGAGUUUCCUUGUGGACGACUUCCUGAGAACUUCAACGCCACGCCCUCCAUGUGUCGCCAUGGAAACUGUCCCUGGCAGGUGUCCCUGCUGAGCAGCAGAGGGGCGGAGCCGUGUGGCGGCGUGGUGCUGGGGCGCCGCUCUGUCCUGACCGCCGCCCGCUGCCUCCUGGCUGGCUCGCCAACUCACCUCCGACCCUCCGACUUCGCCGUGGUCGCCGGCGACGGUGAUGAGACGACGCUGGUUCCCGUCCGGGCGCUUUACGUCCACGAUAGUUUCCGUACGGAUCACCACGACAAUGACCUCGCCCUCCUAGAGCUGGCCCGCCCCCUUUCCUUUAGCCCCGCCCUCAUCCACCUCUGCCUGCCUAAGAAGGACUUCAGCGAAAACGUCCUGAUGCAUUCUGGGAGGACGGGCGUCGCCACGGAGCGUGGGGGCGGCGGGCGGACCCAGGAACUGGUCUACGUGAAGCUGGACGAGUGUCGCACGCGGAUGAACGUCUCGCAUUCACUCAGCAACAAAAUGUUCUGCAUGAGGAGCCAGAAUGGACCUGUAGGGAGCCAGAAUGGACCUGUAGGGAACCAGAAUGGACCUGUAAGGAACCAGAACCAAAAUCCAGCCCAUAAUGGGAUGCACAAUGGAGCAGAAAACUACAACGAGUCAAAGAUCCUGAACCAGGAGCCCUCAGAAUCUGACCGCCGUUCGAGGUCAGAGGUCGGCGGUGGUCUGUUGCCAGGGUCGCCGGUCGCCACGGUGGACCGAGGGACAGCGUUUCUGACAGGGCUGCUGAUGUCAUCAGGCUGUGACGGCCUGGUGUUCACCAAACUGUCCCGCUAUCUGAGCUGGAUCCGACCAAGGCUGGAGGCGGCCGAGGACGACAUGACCUCACAGGUCAGCCAGUAUCCCGCUGAGUGACCCGGCAACAGACCGCCAUCUUUAAAACUCCUCCAUCAAAUAAUCCUAUGAUGCUUCUUAUCGGAUUUUAUAGAUUAUUUUUCUUCAAAUACAAAAUUGUUGUAAAAUGAUGAAUCAGCCGGUACGCUGACGAUGUUCUUCUCUCCGUUGAUAAUAAUAAAUAUUUUAGCAGAUU